CUAGUCCCGCCCCCCAGGGGAGGAGCGCGGCCAGAUGCAGCGCCGCGUCCCCCGCCCGCUUCAGUUCCGCCGCGUCUGUCUUGUGAGCCACACGUUGCGCUCUACCUCCCACACCUGCACGCCCACACUAGUGCUGUAUCUCACGCCCACGCACGCCCACACCCACCUGCCAUAGUGUGUGAAUUGGUGGCUCCAUUUUUGCCGUAUAAGCUUGUGGAAGAAGUCUCUUGAGGCAUGUGUGACCGACGUAUCGGAAAAUGUGGAGUGGCGAAUCAAAGGGUCGUGCCGUGUACGUACGUACGAUGUGGUGUGAAGGUGCACGAGCUGAGUGCCCGGCCGUGCUGUGUUUCCCGUUUUUAUGAUAUAACAGCUUGAAGUUUAGAUCUCUAGACUGAUGUACGUUGUGUCUAUCUGUAUCUGCCACGCCCGGCCCCAACCGCCUCUCCCUGUCUGGCGGGCUGCAACGCCGCCGCCGCCGACACACCACUCCUGCGGUCGGUCGGUCGGUCGGUCGGCAGCGCUGGCUGCUUCAGUACGGGCAGUGGCGGCGGAAGAUUGGAGCGCAGCAGUGUUAGUUGUGCUCUCAAGUUUUGUGCAGCGGGGAUGAAGGCGGUGCUGGAGGCACGGCGUGGUAGCGACAGGACAACGUACAAAUGUCUCGAUAGCAACACCUGUGUACGCAUCUCUGACACCGGCCGGUCCGAGCUCAGCGGCGGCGGCGGCGGCGGCUGCGACGGUGGCGGCGUCGGCCGGCGGCGGCUAGCGGCGGCUAGCAGCGGAGCCUAGGACGUCGGGAGCUGUGGGGACGGUUUGGAGCGUAGUGGGCGUCUGGGUGGACCCGGCGGGCGAGGCGGGGAUGUGCAGGACAGUGGUGGUGGUGGAGGUAGUGGCGCCGCCGGGCUGCGCCGCCUUGCCACGCAGGACCGCUGCUAGUGGGCGCCGCGGUAACAGCGGAGCGGCGGCGCUGCGACCGCUACCACCGACCCGUGCGGCGCGACCCGACCCGCUCCACCGACACCCGACAUAGUUUUUUCCGACUGCGAGUGCAAUGGUCAGACGAAGAGUUGAGCAGGUGGCGCAUGUGGUGCGAAGUUGCCCGCACAGUGGCGCCGCCCUGCCUUGUGAUAGUGAUGUGUACAUAACCCUGUGUAACAAGUGCUCAAGUGCAAAUAGUGUAAAACAAGUGAUAGUGGUGACUUGCCAGUCAGGAACAUGUGUACAGAUGUUGCUUGCGGGAGGCUGUGACUCGCGUCCAGAGGUGGCCGGGGUGACGACGGCGAUGUGGUUGCGUUGCCACCGCUCCUCCGCACCCGUGGCAGUGGCCUCGUCACCCUCAGGAGCACUUCGCCCGUUGCAAAGGUAAGAUAUCGCUGCAGUUAUACAGCCCUCAGUCGAUCAAGGUACAGUGAAGGUGAUAGUUCGUUAUCUUUCAGUAUUUUUGUAUCUAUCUAUCUAUGCAUCUAUCUGUCUCCCACACUUCCUAUAUUCCUCUCUCCCUUUUUACCAAUCUCUUCUUUCUUUCUCUUUAUUUCUUCGUUACACCACUUCCCUCGUCUCGUUCUAUUCCCCCUUCUUACUCUUUCUCGUUCCUUUCGUUGUAUCGUUCUCCCAUUUUCUCCUUUUUCCCCCUCGAUUUCUCCCCUCUUCCAAGCGUCUCUCCUCUUUUUCCCUCCCUCUCUCUCGAUGUCAGUUAUGCACAUACAGUCUUUUAUUUUUUCCCCCACGCCCAUUUCUCCCUCAUGUCGACGGUUUCUGACCCACUUUCGCCCCCUCCCCCCCUUGAAAAAAACAACGGCGCGCCCUCCACACUCGCCUCGACCAGCUGCCGUUAAGAGCGCAAGCACCACCUGAAGAACCGGCGCUGCCAGCUCCCGUCCCUCGCUGCUAGCCUCGUCGCUCUCUGCUUUCGUGCUGUUUUUCCCUCCUCCGUUCUUGUCUCGUGUCGUUUUUUCGUUUUUUGUUGUUGUUGUUUGUUUGUUUCUUAUUCCUUUUGUUCAUGUUCUUAUUUCUCUUUUCGUUCCCUUUCUUUCUUCAACCUCUUUUCCGGCUCUCGACUUACUGUUCCUUUCCUGUUGAUACUCCUUUCCAACUUUCUCCUCCUCAUCCACCUUCCCAUUCUUCCUUGUUCUCCUCAUCAUCAUCCUCAUCCUCCACUCUGCAUUCUCAUCCUCAUUCUCCCUCACUCCUUCUUGUCCUCCUCGUCCUCCUUACCUCUUGCUUGUCCUCCCCCUCUUUCUCCUUUCUUCCCCCUCGUCCUUCCCUCCUCCCCGUCCUCCCCUCCUCCUCGU